AUGUCGCGACGUUCGCCGUCCGCGUUCCUCGCGGCGCUCCUCGCCGCGAUGGUCUGCCUCCUCCUCGCGGCGACGCCGGCCGCCGCGCUCGCGCCUCGAGGCCGCGACGCGUCCACGUCGAUCACCGCGCCGGCUCCGGGGGGGGAGUGCGCGGCGAAGACGACGCAGCGGUCGUGCAAGCCCCCGUGCGUGUGGUGCGCCGCGGCGGCGGUUCCGAGUGAGUGCGUGGACCCGAGGGACGCGAAGAAGCUCCCGCCGGCGAUUUUCGACUGCCGAUGA